AUGAAGUUCUCGACGGGGUCGAGUUCGAGCAGCCUCGCCAGCGAUUCGCUGUCGAGGAAAUCCACGCUCUGCAUCUAUACGGAAGUGGAUGCGCAUACGCACCCAAUACCUAUCGAAAGGAUGGAUAGCAGUUCAGAGGCGAUGGAAUUGCGGCGGGAGCUGGACGCGGUGAAGAGCGCUCUUCAGCAGCAGUCAGAGUCCGUCCUUAAACAAAGACAUCAGCUAGUUGAAGCGAGUCAGGCACUCGCUGCACGUGAGAAACAAGCAGUCCAAGAGAGGAGGCUACGACAAGACCAGCUAGCUCUAGUUCUGCGCUCCCUCGUAUUACUGGAAUCCCGUCUCACGAGAGAACAGCAGCAAAUCCAAGUAUCCCUCAAGCAAAAAGAAAAAAUUAUCAAAUCACAGCAAGAGGAAAUUAGCAAGCUUAAAGCUCGCAAAUCCUACUGCAAUAAUUGCCAACAGCUUCUCGGGUUCACAAGCGAACAAACAAACAUAGAGACGGAUCCCGAAUUUCAAAGCUUGGAGAGCACAGAUUCGAGAUUCCCGAAUGCUUUCGUCAGGAGCAACAGCUACCGGGAACGAAAAUCACCACCGGUUUUCCAAAAAAACACUAGGCUAAGUAAGAGUUUUCAACUGCCGAAGAACGACGUUGUCUAUUGCAAUACUAGUUCGAGUGAAGAGGGCAACACUGUGAGCGGCGGGAGCAAAGGAACCUUCAUUAAAAAUAAGCAAGCCUUUGUGAGAAGAGACGUUUUUCGCAGGUCGAGAAAAUACUCUGGUAGAAAGAGUAGUCUGAAAAAUCAGGAACCACAAAAAAGUUACAAUCAAACAAAUAAUAGUAGUAGUGCAGACGAUUGCUUCGGCAUGAGUUAUCAAGUUAAUCAUGAAGACGACGUGACAGCUAAUCAAAUAGCAAAUGAUAUUAGAAAGGCGUCACUUAAAAUUGACCAACUUAUUGGGGAGGCAGCUAAAAAGGAACAAGACAGUACACUUAGUGCCUCAGAAAAAAGCUAUUCCACAAAAAUAGAAAGACUACACGGAAUCAAGAGACAGGCAUCUGAUGAGAUUAAGGCGAAUAGACAAUUAUUUUUAAACAAAGUUCUUAAUGAAGAAACUGAAAAGCCUUGGUAUUGUAAUGUCAGCGAUCACGAACAAGAUAUGGACUGCGUGGAUCCUAGAAAUACUAUUCCCAAUAAUAAAUCAGUGGAGGAAAUCUUAAUUCAGGGCCUGAAUAGCGGAAUAAUAAACGCAGAAAUAAUUUCAGCCAAAAACGAAGUUCUCUGCAAUAAAUUGAAAAGUGACAAUUUUCAGUCGAAGUUCGAUUGCCAAAAUAACAAUAUGAAUUCAAUUGGUAAUAAAGAUGUGCACGAAAUCAAUGAAAAUUGGUAUGCCAGCACUAGUGACGCAGACGACACACCUCCACAUGAAAUAUACAAGAACAAUCCAGUAUUGGAAUGUGUUAAUCAGAUUCUUUUACAGAAUUCAUUGGACGAUAGCAGUAAUGACAAUUCUAAAUCAAGUGAAACUCCAUCACCUAGCCCUAAAUCUACUACUAAGCGUGUUCAGUUCUCUACAUUAAAUAGCAUAUCUUAUGACGAUAAAAUAAGACCCAUGGGCAAUAAUACUCUUCCUAGAUCAGACAAGCGAGCGAACAAAAUCGUCAAGUUCAGUCUGGAAACCGCGUCUGAACACAGCUAUGAAGUGCCCAAUACAGCUCAAGGCUUCCAAUAUGAGAUACAGAGCAUUUACAGCAAUGAGUAUGAGCCAAUCAUAACUAAAUCGACAGAACAAAAACCAUUGCCGCCAGUUGAACCGAUCAGUGAUAAGAGAAGCACGGUUCCCAAAAUACGCGGGUCCAUAGUGAAAAACAUCGCCGCUAAUAUUGAGAGCCGAAACAAUUUUGCCUCGGACAAUCUUGGUUCAAUGAAAAUAUUCAACAAGAGGAAAGUGCCGCGAACUCCACCCGCUCUGCCGCCUAAGCCGAAAAACUUAUCGGCGAAAUGGAAAGAAAGUACUGUCAGAGCCCUGACAGAAUCUUUAGACUCUGAAGCCGUUGCGGCUAAUCAACGGGUUGCAGAUGUUAAGAGAAACAUUGACGUGACAUCUAAGAGCGUUGAACCGGACUACUGCUCCAUUUCAGAGAUAAAUGUUCCAGUAGUCAAUAGCGGGAAACGGGAAAUGCUCCUCACGCAGCCGACGGUUGAGAUCCACAACGAACAAUAUCCUGUACACCCGAAUCAAAGAAGUGUCGCUAAGGUCGUGUCUCUCCCGAGAAUUCAGGCCAAAAUCAGCGACAAAGACAUACCCAAGCUGCCACAGGUCACUGAAAUCAUCAUACCCGAUGAAGAUGAAAAGCCUCAAGAGGAUGCAAUACACACUAACUACCUAUCCUUCGUACACCCUCUGCAACCUAAGAUAGAUCCAAGGGGAUCUAUUCAAAUGGGGAAUACCGUAUCUUCAAUUCUAUCAGAGAUCAAUAGAGGCGUGAAAACAAGCGGUAAACAGAUAAAUUUAACAGAAUUGGAUAACCAAUUCAACCACGCAUCAGAGCGGAUACAGGUGACCAACCCAGAACAGCACAAGGCUGAAUAUUUUGAUGAAAUAGACAAGUUUGAUCUGUCGCAGAAUUUUGAGGAGUUCAAAAUAGACGAUGAUCUCGGCAGCAUUGUUGCCGAGGAAUACCGCAUAAGUUCUGGCAGCGACGAAUCUAUAUCAGAUGUAACUGAACAUCACAUUACCAGUGUAGUUGAAAAAAUUGACAACGACAAUAAUAAUGAAAAGGAAAAAAAUACAUUUCUUGAAAACACAGAUGGCGUUGUAGCAAAAAACGCUAAGCUCUCCAAUAAGCCUGAUCUCCUAUCGAAUAUAGAAAACGUUGAGACUGAAUCAGUAAGAAACUCGGAUAUCGAGUCGAGUAAUUCAUCCGGUAGCAACAGCGGUUCAUAUAACACUGUCAAGUGCGAGCCGAGAUUGAUUUUGACAACCGAAGCUGUUAAAAGUAAGGGCGCUUUCGAUUUCUUCCUAGAGACCUCCGGGCUAAGUUCCAAGUCUAUAUUUUCACCUUCCAGAGCUUAUAUAGGCAUGCGUCCUCCCAGUGCUAACCACAAGAACGUACUUAAACCCAAAGACGUGAAAAUGCGCGUCAGAAAUCCCAUAACAACGAACAAAAUCAACGAAAAACCUAUGACGACUGCUAUUAAAUAUUUUGAACCUUACGUGUAA